AUGAGUGAGGAAGAGUGGUCAGAUUUGGAGCCUGUCAACCUUUUCAGUCUCUCUGUCUAAUCCAAUUUGGAAAACCUGUUUGAAUUCAAGUGUAAACAAUCAGGUGCUGUUUUCACAUUUGGAAAAAGCAAAUUUGCAGAAAAUAUUCCUAGCAAGUUUUGGUUUAAAAAUGACAAGCCUUUGUAUAUAUCAUGUGGAGAUGAACAUACUGCUAUUGUUACAGGAAAUGGUAAACUUUACAUGUUUGGCAGCAAUAACUGGGGCCAGUUAGGACUAGGAACAAAGAAUACUAUCAACAAGCCAACUUGUGUAAAAGCUUUAAAACCAGAAAAAGUUAAACUUGCUGCUUGCGGGAGAAACCACACUUUAGUUUACACAGAACGAGGACAUGUAUAUGCUGCUGGAGGUAACAGUGAAGGGCAGUUGGGAUUAGGUGACACAGAGGAAAGAAGCACGUUUCAUCUAAUUAGUUUUUUUACCAACCAGUACAAGAUCAAACAGCUGGCAGCUGGAUCUUACACAUCAGCAGCACUAACCGAGGAUGGACAUCUUUUCGUGUGGGGUGACAAUUCUGAAGGUCAGAUUGGCCUGGCUGGUGAAGCCAGUGUGUGUGUACCUUGUCAAGUGGAUGUUGGAAAGCCUGUUUCCUGGGUCUCCUGUGGAUAUUACCAUUCUGCUUUGGUAACAAGAGAUGGUGAGCUCUACACUUUUGGAGAGCCUGAGAAUGGGAAGCUAGGUUUGUCGCCUGAACAACUGAAAAACAGUAGGGUUCCACAGCUUGUUCCUGGAAUUUUGGAAAGGGUUAAUAAGGUAGCUUGUGGUGGAGGACAUACAGUGGCACUUACAGAAACAGAUGUAUACACCUUUGGCCUUGGACAAUAUGGGCAACUUGGACAUGGUACAUUUAUUUUUGAAACCUCGGUACCAAAGGCAGUGGAACAUCUGAAGAGGCAUAAAAUAUGUAACAUUGCAUGUGGGGAAAAUCAUACAGCUGUAAUAGCAGACAAUGGCCUUAUGUUUACUUUUGGAGAUGGACGACAUGGCAAGUUAGGACUUGGAGAAGAGAAUUUUACUAAUCAAUUCAUACCCACCUUAUGUUCUAAUUUCUUGAAGUUUGCAGUCUAUUUGGUUGCUUGUGGUGGCUGUCACAUGCUCGUUUUUGCCACUCCAAGGCCUAAAGGGUCUGAAGAAAUACAUGAAGAUUUACGUGAAAACUGUUUGGCUGCUACUAUCUCUAAACUGGGUGGUGAUUCAUUAGUAACUAACACCUUGCAGAGAACGUUCUCGGCUCGAAUGCGACGGAGAGAGAGGGAAAAAUCUCCAGAACAGUUUUGUCGAAUGGUGCGAACGUUACCUCCGUUGGGAGAAGGCUCCCUAAAACCUUCUUUACGUGCUGCCAGCAACACUGUCCCACUCAGUUUACUAACAACAAACCACCCUGAUGUAACGGAAGUGAAUACAAAUAAAGUGAUUGAAUCUACUGUGGACUGUAAAACAGAGGAUCGGAAGCAGGAAAAAAAUAAACCUGAAGAAAGUACCACGGAGGAAGAUUCAGAUAAGGAAAGUGAUGACAGAAACCUUGGAAACACAACUGAUGUUCUAAAUAUGACACAUAUGAUGAGACUGAAUCCCAGUGACCAAUCCUUAAAAUUAUCACCAGUUCAAAAACAAAAGGAUCAAAAAACUUCUGAAGAUGAAGAGACUGAUGAUGAUGAUGAUGAUGAUGAUGAUGAAGAAAUAACAGACAAAGAAGAGGAGGAGGAGGGGGAAGAGGAGGGAGGCAGCAAUGAUGAUGGGAAAGUGCAUGAAAAGGAGGAGCAUGACAGUAAAACACCUGAGGGAGAAAGAAGCAAUAACACCACUGCAGAAACUACAGAGGAAGAGAAGACCACCCAAGAAGAGAAAAUACUUCAGCAAGAGAGAGAAAAUACCCCUGACACUCAUCCUGAGAACAAUUCUUCAGGGGCAAUUUUGGAAAGUGGUGAUAGAAUAUCUGGAGGAAUACUUGGAAGGACUAAAAAGUUUUCUCUGUUUAAGCGAAAGUCGUUGACGAGUCAGAAAAAUGUACAUAACAGCAAUGAAGGUAAAUCUGAAAAGCCACUCCAAAGUGAAAAGGAUAAAGGAAAGGAAGCAGGUUUAUCUGGCGGUGACAGGAAAGACGAAAACCAAAAUCACACGAGGGAGAAUCCUAAGGAAACCACAACUAACCAGGGCAGAAAGACCAAGUCCUCUACUUGUGUAAUACUGUAAUGCUGUCAGAAUAUAUAUUUGACAGGCUGCAAGCACAUGUUGCAAUUUAUACUUGAAAACAAUUAUGACUUAUUACUGGUGACAGAUUUUUUAAAAAUAAUUAAGUUGUUUGCCUUGGUUUUGGACUUGAAGACCAGGGUUUUGGUAUUUAUUUCUUUUGAUAAUUUUAGUAAUUGAAACUGAGCUUAUCAGAAUGUUACUGAAGUGUUGUGGCCUUAACUGUUCAAUGUUGUAAUAAAAAUAUAUUUUUGUAUGUGAAAAGUUGGA